ACUCUGUUGAUAUUCGUCUGGCUUCACAUCGCUGAGAUUACCGCGUUUAUGGAUGACUGAGACCGAGGAAGUGGUAGAGGAGCAGUGCAGAUAUGACCCCAUCAAAGGAAUGCAUGACCUCUUUCAUCGACAAGACCAUGAGGAUGAGGAGGGAGGAAAAGGCACGGCAGGUGGUCCUGGCCUGGGCAGUGCUGAAUGUGUCAUUGGCAGGGAUGAUCUAUACUGAAAUGUCUGGAAAGCUUCUUAGCAGAUACUACAACAUAACCUACUGGCCCAUCUGGUAUAUCGAGCUCGCUCUGGCCUCCCUGUUCAGUCUUAAUGCGCUUUUCGACUUCUGGAAGUAUUUUAAGUACACCAUGUCCCCUUCCACGAUCGCCGUCAGUCCAGAGCAGCAUCGACUUCUGGGGCUCACUGGCUCAGGGAUUCAGGCCUCUCCACCUCAGAAGCAAGAGAAGAAGGAAGCUCCUGUCUCAGUCCAGUCCUCACCUCUGCAGGGACAAAAUGUGCUUUGUUUUAGCCCUGCACGUCCUUCUAGCUCCAGCCCCAAAUUUUCGCCCAGCUGUGUGUCUGGGUACAGUCCACCUUUGAGCAGCCCGUCCUCAGCAGGAGGACCGUUUUCCCCAUCCAUGGCCUUUGGCAAGGUGUUGAACUAUAGUCCAUCGCCGAAUUCCUCUCCAUACCCAAGUAACCUCGGACCGGUGGAGGGCGCCAGCGUCCGUGCUCGUUACCGCACAUCCCCAUCCGUCUUCAGCUCCCCCGGAGGAAAGGAGGACUACAUAGAUGACAUGAAGACUUUAGAGAAGUUUUUACGCUCAGAGGAGGAGAAAAGCCACCGCAGCCAACUAGGAAGUCCAGAAUCGGCAUCUCCUAGACACAGUCCAACGUUCUGGAACUACAGUCGUACAGUGGGGGAUUACGCACAGAGCCUGAGGAAGUUCCAGUACCAGCCAGCCUGCCGCUCACAAGCCCCGUCUGCCCAUAAGGAUGAUACAGAGUUGGGUUCCAAACAAGCUGCUGAAGAAGUGUGGGCAAGAAUCACAACCAGUCGUGUGGUAAAAGAUAGUAUUGACAGCUGGACUGCUAAACUGAGAAACUGGAUAAAUGACACCAUUCUCGAACAUCUGGUAAGAGAGAUGGACUCUGUUAACAGUCAACUCAGGCGGAUGGGUUGCCCUGAGCUGCAGAUUGGCGAGGCCAGUAUCAGCAGUCUCAAACAAGCUGCUGUGGUCAAAGCCUCUGCAAUCCCCACCCUCAAUGCUAUUGUACAAUAUCUGGACAUCACACCGAAUCAAGAGUAUCUGGUGGAGAGAAUCAGGGAAUUGGCCCACAGUGGCUGUAUGAGCUCGUUUCGCUGGAAUGGAGGUGGAGAUCUUAAAAAUCGGAAAUGGGACACAGACCUUCCGACAGACUCAGCUAUCCUGAUGCAUGUGCUGUGUACAUACCUGGACUCAAGACUCCCUCCACACCCUAAGUAUCCAGACGGAAAAACCUUUACAUCCCAGCAUUUUAUACAGACACCAGACAAACCAGACAUGUCCAAUGAGAACCUUUUCUGCAUUCAUCAAAGUAGCACAACCCCACCUCAUUAUCAGCUGGUUUACCAGGGCCACAUCUACAGCUUGCCCAAGGGCAGAAAUAACUUGUUCCAUACCAUCCUCAUGUUUCUCUACAUUAUUAAGACCAAGGAAUCUGGCAUGCUCGGGAGAGUGAAUCUAGGUCUUUCAGGAGUGAACAUACUCUGGAUCUUUGGAGACUGAGGUUGUCAUGGCACAACUAAAGUCAUCAGAAUUAUCCACUGAGAGGACAACACUGUACACACUCUAUGAAUAUGAUAAAGACUGAUUUUUCUACCAUUUACAUUCUUGUCACAUUGCAUGGUUUUGAGAUGCAUUGACUGGAUUAUCAUUACUUGCAACCUGAAUGCAAAUACAGAUGAGCACAAAAGUCUUUUUUAAAUGUACAAGAAUUUUUUUUAAACUUCAUAAGUAUUUAUGCCUUCAAACAGUGUCAAAAUGGGUCUUUGAUUUUGUACUUUAUAAAGUGUUUUUGUAGUUAAUUUUCAUAAAAGCUUCAAGUUUAGUUUUGCUUUUUUAUUUGAAUGUAUGGAAAUAAUGUUGUUUUAUAUGAAUGUAAAUAAUAGCCUAUUUACUGUACAUUUUAAUAGGAAAUAAGUAAACUAUAAUAGGGCAAGCUGGGUUUUGGUGGAUGCGGCAGGAAUUUUGUUUUAUUUGUAAUGCAAACAUGGUAGAAAAUGUUAGUUUUUUUGCACCGUAGUGGUUGCUCGACAUCAGGCGAUCCAUACUCAACACUUGUACAGGUGAACAUCUGUUACACAUGUAGUGACAUGCAACCAUAAACAUAAUUCUACAAUAACUAUCCUUAUGAGGAAUAAAUGUAUAAUUUAGGUUUUAAGAAGCCAUUGAUGUAGUAAUGUUGAAUUACUUGCUGUGUUUAAAAGAAGGGCUUUUCAUGUUUCAUCUCUUUAAACUUUGGAGGGCUUGUGACACUGAUCUUGAAUGGCAAGUUAUAUACAAAUUAUGUUGUUUGUAUUUUCUGUGUCUGAAAUGAAACUUGAAAUGGAAUGAG